AUGUGCCAACACGAUAUCGAAGCCAACGGGUGGGCCGCCAUGCCAGUCGAUGCUGGAAAGAUCUUUGGCGACAAACCAUUCCUCCACGAACCGGCACCCAUUUCGGUUCAAGAUAUCCAGUUUCCGUCCGAUGACCCAGUUGUCGCGGAGACUCUGGGUUAUGCCAAAGACCGCCUCCAUGCGCAAACCUUCAACCACUCAAUGAGAGUCUUCUACUAUGAGAAGGCAUCUUCCUUCUCCCCCGUGACCUGGGCCUUGACCUGUCUCCUCCACGACAUCGGCAUGGCGGAGGAGAACCUGACCGCGACCCGCAUGUCCUUCGACAUCUACGGCGGCAUCAAAGCCCUCAACACCCUCAAGGACCAUGGCGCCGCCACAGACCAGGCCGAGGCGGUCUGCGAAGCCAUCAUCCGCCACCAGGACAUGGGCGUCGACGGGACGAUUACGUAUUUGGGGCAGCUGAUCCAGCUGGCCACGCUGUACGACAACGUUGGCAGGCAUCCCAACGUGAAGGACUUCGACAAGAUGGUUCACUACAAGACGAGGAGGGAGAUCAACGAGGCUCACCCUAGACUGGGGUGGUGUUCGUUCUUUGCAGGGACGAUUCGGAAGGAGGAGGAGAUCAAGCCAUGGUGCCACUCGACGCAUAUUGUGGGGUUUGAUAGGGAGAUUGAGAGCAACACUUUGAUGAAGGAGUGGGAGUAA